AUUUAUUAGUUCGAUUACUUAAUUCUACAAAAUUACUCGCAUCAUCAACAGAUGAAAAUCAAGCAAUUGAAAAAGAAUAUGCUAUGAAAAAAGCUUGUACAAUAGAACGUAUUAAAAAUGUUCAUCAACGAGUACGAAAUGAAAUUCAAGAUUUAACUGAACGACUUCGUAUAACUCAAGAAAAUAUUAAACGUGUUCGACAACGAUCAAUUGAUAAUAAUUAUUCUUCUGGUAUAUUUACAUCAUCAAUACAGGAUAAUAUAAAGCAUGAAAUUGAAGAUUAA